UAACAUCCUAGUGUUCUGAGAAUCUCCAUAGUCAAAAGGAUGGAUUCAUCAAGAAUCUCUCUCCGACCGUUUAAACUUUCCGACGUCGACGAUUUCAUGGUAUGGGCCGGCGAUAAUCAGGUGACUCGGUUUCUUAGAUGGAAGACCUUCAAAUCUAGGGAUGAGGCUUUGACUUUCAUCAAAGAUGUUUGUAUCCCCCACCCUUGGCGUCGAUCCAUAUGUUUAGAUAACCGGUCGAUCGGAUUUGUUUCGGUUUUUCCGGCGUCCGGCGAAGAUAGGUGUAGAGCUGAUAUUGGAUAUGCGUUAGCUACUCAGUAUUGGGGUCAAGGAAUUGUCACCAUAGCAGUGAAAAUGGCCUUGGCUUCUGUGUUUAAAGAUUUACCUGAUGUGAUGAGGCUUCAGGCUUUCACUGAUGUAGAGAAUAAGGCCUCGCAGAGGGUUCUUGAAAAGGCUGGGUUCCUUAAAGAGGGUAUGUUAAGGAAGUAUUCCUAUCUUAAAGGUCAGAUCCAAGAUUUAGUUAUAUAUAGUGUUUUAGCUACUGAUACUCUCUCGAAUUGAUAUGUAUUUCUAUUGGGAAUAAAAGUUGAUGUAUUUCUAUUGGGAAAAGCUAGUUGCCAAUAGGGGUCCUUUCUGAUUUAUGGUUAUGUGUGUGUGUGUGAAAAGCUCAAACUUAUAUGGAUUGGGGAUGAACUAUUGAGAUACUAGCACACUAGGGGUGUCCAAAGUCCUCACCAGAGUGACCAGCGGCAUGAUUUAUCCUACCAUUUCCCUUAGAUUAUCUUUGAUUGUUAAGAAAAGAAAAGAAAAGAAAAGAAAAGGAAAAAAAAAAAUCG